AUGUCUUCCCACGCCCCGUUCACCGCCUUCACCAAGCCUACCGCUGUAAACACUGCCGCGCAGAAGCACCCACCCGUGUCGCCUACCACUCUCCAGAACGCCUCGCCAACCCUCAAGAAGCGCAAAGCGGAGGCACCCGGUAGCGUCGACCCCAACGACCGCGCUCCACUCGAACAUCUCGAUGGCAACCGACAGCGGAAGAAGAAGAUGCCCAAUCACAAUGGCGCGCCAUCUAAAAACUUACCUGCCUCCAGCAAUGACCCAACGGACCAAGUUCCCAAUGCGGACCAGUCAGGAGCAGACUCAGUCACGUUCAAGCGCGGGAAGAAGUUUCUGCUGCCGGGGUCAAACGGAGGGCCCAAGGUGUACAUGAGUUGGGAAAAGAAAAACAUGGCCAAGGACCUACAAGCCGCCAUCCAGAGGCGUGGUUUUUUGGCUAGUUUUGUAGCGGGUCAGAAUAUGAAGGAGAUUCCGAAAAGAGAGAUGAUUGAGGCUUUCAUGGAGUGGGACAUGAACAAGCUUAGCACCGAACUAAAGCUAGAGCUAGAAUCGCGCGGGUACGCUUUCGAAGGGUGUAUGAGCCCCGAAGAGGUGGUCGCGUUAUUCCGGAAAGUUGAACACCACAUGGAAAAGUGGGGCGUCCAAUACUCUCCUGCUCUCACCGAAUUCGACUUCGAGGCCGCCAACGAGAAGUAUCGAGCAAUGGACUACCUCCAGCUGCUCUAUUAUGUCGAAGAAAUGUGGGAUCAUGCGCUGCAGCAGUUCCCCGGGAGGGAAUGGUUGAUUGCUCGUGCAGUCACAGACGAGUGGGCCGAGCUGAUCCCCGACACGAACCCUGCCAAGGCCUAG